UUGAGUGGGCAGGUUCACCGGCUGGGCUCGCCGCGCGCCUCUGCGCUCAGUUCUCGCCAGUCGAGUGAGCGCUCCGACAGCGAACAUGGCUGGCCAGAAGACGGCAUGUUUGUGCGCGUGUUUCAUUUUGUUUACUGUUGCCAUUGAGGCCACUCUCUCUGGAUUGUACAUCGAUAAUGGCGUUGAUCAGACUGUUAUUCAUCACUCGAUGACACGACACGAACGGAUGGUUGUUGAACAUGAAAUCCUGGAGCUUUUAGGUCUCGGAGAGCGACCACGGCGAGCUGGAGCGCCUCCACUGGACCGUUCGGCGCCUAGUUUCUUGUUGGACGUAUACAAGCAACUGGCUGAGGAACACGAGCAGGCCCGUCCUACUCGCAGCUCCGAGAUGGCUCUCAGUGGUGAUGAGCAACAUGCCAUCGACGAGAGCGACCUCAUCAUGACCUUUCAGAGCAAGAGGCAUCACCUUGGUGCACUUCGCCACGGCCACGGGCGACACGUCUGGUUCGAGGUGACAGGCGCGCCGGGUGAUGCUUCCGCGCUGAUGACGGCUGAGCUGCGUCUCCAUCAGGCACCUACGCAUACAGAAGACCCCACUGCACUCUAUACUGUGGUCGCACACAGAGUCAUUAGUGUCGACAACAUGGGGAGCUUGCAAAUGGAGAAAGUAGCGGCGGUGAACACAAGCGCAGGCGCCGAGGGUUGGUUGGAAUUGAACGUCACCAGCGCACUGGGGGCGUGGCUCUCUUCACCCGCUGAUAACAGAGGAUUCUUCAUCACGUUACAUCCUCACUCACAGCCUGAACGUCACGUGAAGCCUGAAGAGAUAGGAUUGGAAGAACCUAGAGGGGUUAUUGUGGAGGGGAAGCAGCCAUUUUUAGUGGCAUUUUUCAAGAACGGUCCUAAGCUCGGGGGCGCAGACGCAGGCGCGAGGCGAAAACGAGAAGCGAGGCGCUGGCGCUCACACGGAUAUUCUGAGAACUAUCUCAGGAAUCCCCUCACAGAUACGUCGCACUGGACGACGAGAAGCUGUGAGAUACAAACUCUUUACGUUAGUUUUAAGGAUUUGGAAUGGCAGGAUUGGAUCAUAGCUCCAGAUGGGUAUGGAGCGUUUUACUGCAGUGGCGAAUGCAAUUUCCCCCUGAACGCGCACAAGAACGCCACAAACCAUGCCAUAGUGCAAACACUUGUACAUCUACUUAAUCCAACUAAGGUGCCAAAACCAUCGUGUGCGCCGAUCAAGUUGUCGCCAAUAUCCGUGCUGUAUUACACAGAUGACUCAAACGUCAUCCUUCGUAAAUAUAAGAACAUGGUGGUGAAAAGCUGCGGCUGUCAUUGACGGCCACACGACGUAUUCAAAAACACUAGUCUCCCAACAAUACUUUACGCUUCACACAAAUAUACGAAGCUUUACUCAAUAAUUAGUUUUAAGUUUGUGUAUUAUUAAGUAAAUGCCUGUCUGAUCUGAUUUUUUAUAAAUAAAUGAAGAAAUACAAUUUUAUAAAAA